AUGCCAGUUGCCUUUGCAGCAUCGUUCGCACCUUUGCAGCGGCAGAGAAUUAGAUUACGGGCAACCGCAUCAGAAGUUCUUUUCAUCAGCAAGAACCUGAGGGUGACCAAUGUGGGACCCAAGGGAUUGGGAGUGGUUGCUACGGCACCUCUGGCAAGAGGCGAGCUGUUACUUGAAGAAGCUCCACUGCUCUUGUUUCAAAACCAGUCCUUUGAAGUCAUUUUCGGUGAUCUGCAGGAUGUUCUAAUUGACGAUCGGGCGUUUGAUCUUUGGGAAUCUAGUCUGAAGGAAACGGUGGAAUCUCAAUGCGAUGAAGAGUCUGCUGCCCUGUUUUGGGAUCUUGCCGACACGUGCAGCGAGCCUGGCUUUAAGACGGCGCUUGGAAUUGCUCGAACCAAUGCGUUGGGUUUAGAUGCUGAUUCAGCCGGCCUUUUCCUCUUUCUGUCGCGCUUUAACCACAGCUGUCAGCCCAACGUCCAUCACAGCUGGCAGGAGGACCGGGGCACGCAAGUUCUGCGUGCUUCUUGCAGCAUUGCUGAGGGCGAAGAGCUCUGCAUUUCGUAUUUGUCCUUGUUGGCGCUGUGUGCUCCUACUCGUGAGCGUCUCGGAGAAAUCAGUGAUCGCUUCGGGUUUGAUUGUGCGUGUACUGCAUGUUCUGCCGGUGAACGGCGAACACGUGACAGCGACUGGAAGAGAGAACGCCUGUCGCAACUAUGUGCAGCUUUGUCACAGGAUGAGAGCAGAGACCAUGAAAAGUCUGGGCCAUCAGACGGAAUACGCCUACUGCUGCGCAAGCGGAUCCCUUUGUUCUUCGAAGUGGAACAAGAGAGCCGACAAGAUGUCGAAGCUAUACUCCAGAAGGGCCCGCGAGGAGAUGAUACCGAUACCUCAGAGACCAUUGUGGAAACUAUCGACAUGAGUAGUGGCCUUCGUGAGGCCAUGGAUCUUCUGGAUGAGGAGCUGCUUGGAAACCCGGCAGCGCAGGCACUUUGCUUCUUUGGAGGUUUCCGAAAAGCAAUGGCCUUUGGUCGGCUGUCAGCUGCCAAGUCCCUGGCCAAAGCCGCCUGGAAUGCUACCUCCACUGCUGAGGGGGUCGGGGUCAACCUGGGCUCGGCGCAGGGUGUCUCAGCCUCCAAGCUACUGACAACUCUCCAUGAGGUGUUGGCGAGAUCGCUCAACUUGAUGAGGCUGGCCCUGGUGGCUGCACCUGCCUUGGUUCAAUGCUUCUAUAUUCACAGCGUGGACUUUUUCAGCUGGCUUUCAAAGCUCAUUCUGGUCUACGUUCUGAUGGGAACUGUCUGUUUCAUUGUCAUGCCGGAUCAACUCUACAACGGGAUGGGUAUGGGCAUGUUUCGGUGGGCCUUUGAAAUUUUCUACCCCGAGAUUGCCCGGUCCAACGGCAGCUUACACGAUCCGGCAGAGAAAGCGAUUGCCUGCGUAGCGGGGCGCAGGAUUGGCCAGCUUGCCGGAAUGCGAGCCAGACUCAGGUGGCAUGGAUCCACAAAGUAUCUCUGUUUGACGCCAGAUGGCUGGACCGUUACUGGUGAUGAAAAACAUGCUUGCUCCGUGGAGUUCCACAGUGUGUACUGGCAAGAUAGGCUGGUCCCCGAUACGUACAUGCUGAGGCUGCUCGCUCCUACAUCCGAUUUUCACGAGUGCUGGCUUUCCUUCAAGCCCGUGAACCAUCUUCGAUAUGGUGGCUGGUUGGCUGCUUAUCCCAAUGAGCAGAAGGCUUCUCCUUACAAGGUGGUUCGAGACAGCUCCUGCCCAGCAGAUGCUUGCAAGCUACUCUGUGCCUGGACCAACAUGUUGCCUCCCUCACAGAGGUCCUGCACAGGCCAACUCCUUUGUUGGUUUGAUGAGAUGUCGGAACAGCUGCAGCCAGCCAUACCAUUCUGUACCUGCUGA